AUGUUCGUCGAGGUCAAAGGCCUCUCCGAGAGUGCGAAGAUCAAGCAAGCAAGGUGCUCCGUCGACGAUGCGAUUUCUGCCCAGAGGAUGGCGAAACGGGCAGCGAUCGUUCCCAGGCACAAUCUCAGGUGCCUGUUCCGCAACUUGCCAAGGCGGUUUCACAAAUGCGCAGUGUCGUAUCGAGCCGAGUCGAGUCGAGCGCCGAGUUGGAGAGAAAAAAAUGCAAUGUUUCGAACGGAUGCCUCCUGUUUGUCGUUUGGGAGAGUGGUGAAGAAAAAAGAAUAUUACAAAAAAAACGAAAGAUUUGAUCGGCCAAGUGAGGAAACGAAGGCGAAAGGACGACGCUGGUGA